AUGGCCACCCUCCCAGCAGGCGCCUUGCACCAAGAGCAGCAGCAGCAGCAGCAGGAGGGCUACCAGGAGGCGCUCCUGGCCCAAGGCUUCCUCCAGCCUGCCCCCGACCCAGAGGGGAGCCCAGGGCCAACGGGGAUCAAGGCAGAAAUUCAUUUUAGCUGUGAACCGCUUUCCUCAGAAGAGGAGGAUGGAGAGACCCAUGAAAGAAAGAUAAAAUCUCUCAACAAACACUUGCCUCCAAAGAAAACCAUCACUCAGAUUAUGAAGGAUAAAAAGAAGCAGACCCAGCUCACCUUGCAAUGGCUGGAAGAGAAUUAUAUUGUAUGUGAAGGAGUUUGUUUACCAAGGUGCAUCCUCUAUGCACAUUACCUGGAUUUCUGCAGGAAGGAGAAACUUGAACCUGCUUGUGCUGCAACAUUUGGUAAGACUAUUCGCCAGAAGUUUCCUCUUCUCACUACAAGAAGGCUGGGCACAAGAGGCCAUUCAAAGUAUCACUACUAUGGAAUUGGCAUUAAAGAAAGCAGUGCAUACUAUCACUCCGUGUAUUCUGGGAAAGGUCUGACAAGGUUUUCUGGGAGCAAAAUGAAGAAUGAAGGUGGAUUCACCCGGAAAUAUUCCCUGAGCUCCAAAACAGGAACUCUCCUUCCGGAAUUCCCCAGUGCUCAGCAUCUUGUGCUGGACAGGUGCAUCUCUAAAGACAAGGUGGAUACCCUAAUCAUGAUGUACAAAACCCACUGCCAGUGUGUCCUUGAUAAUGCCAUUAAUGGUAACUUUGAAGAGAUCCAGCAUUUCCUGUUACAUUUUUGGCAAGGAAUGCCUGACCACCUUCUUCCCCUGCUUGAAAACUCUGUUAUCAUUGACAUCUUCUGUGUUUGUGACUCAAUACUAUACAAGGUCCUGACAGAUGUCCUCAUCCCUGCAACUAUGCAAGAAAUGCCCGAAAGUUUAUUGGCUGAUAUUAGAAGUUUUGCUAAAAACUGGGAACACUGGAUUGCUUCAUCACUAGAAAAUCUACCAGAAGACCUUGCAACGAAGAAAUUACCAAUUGCACGAAGAUUUGUAUCUUCUCUGAAGCGACAAACAUCCUUUUUGCACUUAGCCCAGAUUGCUCGACCAGCUCUUUUCGAUCAACAUAUUGUGAAUGCCAUGGUUGCUGAUAUUGACAAAGUAGAUCUGUACAGUAUUGGUUCUCAGGUACUGCUUGCAGUUUCUGGAAGCAUGGAUUCUGAUGGGGAGAGCUACAUUGAAUUGUUCCAAGAACUGAAGGACCUUUUAAAGAAGAAUGCCACUGUGGAAUCAUUUAUUGAAUGGCUGGAUACUGUGGUUGAACAAAGGGUUAUUAAGGCAAGCAAGCAGAAUGGUCGAUCACUAAAGAAGAGAGCCCAAGACUUCCUUCUCAAGUGGAGUUUUUUUGGAGCUCGUGUUAUGCACAAUCUCACUCUGAACAAUGCAUCAAGCUUUGGUUCGUUUCAUCUGAUUCGCAUGCUUUUAGAUGAAUACAUCUUGCUUGCCAUGGAGACCCAGUUCAACAAUGACAAAGAACAAGAACUCCAGAACUUAUUGGACAAAUAUAUGAAGAACCUGGAUGCUAGUAAAGCUGCUUUUACAGCAUCCCCUAGUUCUUGUUUCCUAGCCAACCGCAACAAGACUGGUACAAUUCCUAGUGAUGCUUCCGUGAAAAAUGAAUGUCUUGUGGAGCAAGCCUACUUCACUGUGUCAACCAAUCAACUCAGCAACAUGUCCUCUAGUCUAAACCCCUUCUCCAUAGGGAACAAUGAGAAUAUGCAGCUGACAGGUCAAACGGAUCUCUCUCAGAGUGCUGCCCAUCUCAUGACUCCACCAAUUUCUCCUGCCAUGAUCAGUCGAGGAAGUGUGAUCAACCAGGGACCCAUGGCUGGCAGACCUCCAAGUGCAGGCCCACCACUGUCUGCACAUUCCCACAGUUCCUCCUAUUCAGAGCCCCUUUAUCAGACACAUGUGCCACAAACAAACCAAAACUUUUAUGGAGUUGGUGUUGGCUACCCAGCUGUGUUCCGGGCACAGACACAUUCAUCUUCUGGAGCCUAUCAACCGCACAGGGUGGAGUCCAGCCACUUUACAGCUGCGAAUGAGCCACAGCGCUUCUCCAGAGAUUACUUCAAUAACAGCUGUGCUAUGUCUCCAUACAAUGCCAGGUCACCUCCUAACUUCGGAUCCUCUUCAACUGUACAGGACACGCACAGCAUGCAGUACUUGAACAGUGGGAGCUACAACUUCAUGAAUAAUUCAGCGACUAGUUCUUGUCAAGCAUCAUCAUAUUCCUCAGCUGCUUCUAAUGGAUUCUAUGGAAACAAUAUAAACUAUUCAGAAUCCCAGAGACUUGGGCCAAUGGUAGAUCAGCACGUUUCUGUUAUCAGCAGCUUAAGCAGCAUUCGAUCCCUGCCUCCAUACAGUGACAUUCAUGACCCACUCAGCAUCUUAGAGGAUAGCGGAAGGAAACAGGGAGCAUCUUAUUACUCAGAUACCUCCAUAGCAUGCCGGAACCCUAUCAGUUCGGAUAUGCAGCCUGCCAUAUCUGCAUCCUCUUCCCAAUGCAUGUAUGGACAUUCUAGACAAUGUUCUUCUCAGGAAACAAUGGACUCUUCUGGGCAAGCCAAUAGUGAGAUGGUAUCGUCUUUACCACCAAUCAACACUGUCUUCAUGGGAACUGCAAGUGCUGGAGGCACCUGAGUUUAUAGAUGUAGCUGCAAUUCUUCAUACUUUAUCAUCUGCUCCAUGGCUAGUAAACAUCCUCCUGUAAUGACUGGAAUGGAAAAGUAGACAAGUAUUACAUGCUCACCUGGGACUUACUUCUAAUUAGACAUGUAUUAGCCUGCACUACUAUAAGGCUGUAUUCUUCCCUGAACUUUUCUUUUCUUUUUUUCCUUUUCCUUUCCCUUUCUUUUUGAUGCCUAAAGCCAUUAUGCUCUGUUGUUUGUGUUUUUGCAUUGGAAAUCCAAUUAUUAUGGCCUACAGAGCAAGGGAGAAGGAAGAGGAGGAGAAGGAAAGUGGAGGGAGGAUAGGAUAGGAAGGAAGGAAGGAAAUUUCUUCUGAUUUCUACUUAUCAAAAUAGUUCUUCUGUCCCUCUUUUAUAACUUCUAUUACGUAAAAACAAAAAAAUUAUUUAAUAAGUAUGGUUUUCUCUAUUUAUUGAGAUUGCAGACUUGUUUACAUGCAGUUCUGUUAGGCAGAUUGUCAAAAUAUGUUUUCUACCUCCUGCAGAAAUGUUUACAAGGUUUUAUUUUUUUUAAUUGCUUCAAACCAGUCUAGACCUAGCUUACAUUUUCUAAUCUCAUGGAUUAAAGAGCUCAUUUCAAGUGGUCUGAGUGGCAAACUCAUUUACUUUUGGUCAUUCUUUCAUUGCUUAUUCGGCUCAGUUUUAUCCUCUUUUUCACAUGGUGAAGAU